AUCACCACCACCGCCGCCAUCGCCAUCACCUCCUCCACGACGACAAUACCCCAAUCUCGACCGCGAACAAUAAUCGGCGGCCUUGAUUAGAUAAUCUCGACUCUCAAAUCUUGUCUCCUAGACACUCCCAAGAGCUCUCUACUGCCGCGGCAAGCGAUCCUCCAUCGCCAGCCAGUUCCAGGGCGUCAACAUCGUCAUCGACGAGCCACCACGACCUUUGUAGACUUGCCGUCACUUCAUCACAGCAAAUAUGGACUCCCUUGUCGCAAAAUACAGCCGGCCGGCGUACCAGCAGAAUGAGUCCUUUGAGGACCAGGAUGAUCUGUUGAAUCCCAUGGCCGACCUCUCUAUCAAGUUUGCCAUGCCUCCCGUUGCUCAGCCCUCAUCAUGGCUCCGAGCUGCCACCGAUGACCGAUCCAACCCCGACUGCCCCAUCAAGAUCGCCCACGGAACCACGACCCUGGCUUUCCGCUUCCAAGGCGGCAUCAUCGUCGCUACCGACUCGCGAGCCACGGCCGGCAACUGGAUCGCCUCGCAGACUGUCAAGAAGGUGAUUGAGAUCAACAGCGUCCUCCUGGGCACCAUGGCCGGUGGCGCCGCCGACUGCCAGUACUGGCUCGCCUGGCUGGGCAUGCAGUGCCGCCUGCACGAGCUCCGACACAAGCGCCGCAUCAGCGUGGCCGCCGCCAGCAAGAUCCUCGCCAACCUCGUCUACAGCUACAAGGGCAUGGGCCUCAGCAUGGGCACCAUGUGCGCUGGUGUCACUAAGGAGGAGGGUCCCGCCCUCUACUACGUCGACAGCGACGGCACCCGCCUCGCCGGCAACCUCUUCUGCGUCGGUUCCGGUCAGACCUUUGCCUACGGUGUGCUCGACGCCGAGUACCGCUACGAUCUGACGGACGAGGAGGCCCUCGAGCUCGGCAAGCGAAGUAUCCUGGCCGCCACCCACCGAGACGCCUACUCUGGUGGCUUCAUCAACCUGUACCACGUCAAGGAGGAGGGCUGGGUCAAGCACGGCUUCAACGACACCAACCCCAUCUUCUGGAAGACCAAGCUGGAGAAGGGUGAGUUCACCAACGUGACGAGCGAGCUGGAUUAGACGGGACAUUAGAGGGACGUGGAUGAUAGAGGGUUGGUUCUUGUACCGGUUCAGCUGGAGGGUAUAAAGCUCCAGAUGGGCCGUGUAAUAUGUACAACAAAGGCUUUUCUGUUGUGAAAGGUUCAUCUAGA